UUCCCCCUCCACAUUUUACCUCCAAAAAAAAAAAAAAAAAACCCGUUCUAUUCCAUUUUGCUUUUUCCUCUCUCUACCUUUGACUAUACUUUCCACCACUUCAGUCUUUCAAAAACCAUAACAAUAACCACAUAACUAAGCAAUGCUAUAUUGUUAAUAUGUCAUGUUACAUUACACCUUCAUCUUAGUCUUUUUUUUCCUUUUCUUUUCACCUUAGUCUAAAUUUUUUUUAGCAAAUUGUUUCCUCCCCUUUUGAAGUGUUUCUUAUUCAAUUUUUCUAAAUUUUAUAGUACCGAGAUUGUAUAAAAAAAUUGUUUAGGUAAUCUUGCUAGGCUUAAACAAAUAUUUUUGAACUAGUCUUGAUGGAAUCCAAUGGACUAGGUGGUGGAAUAUUUCCAAACAUCAAUAAUGGAUUUCUAGGAGUAGAAAACCCUUCAAAACAACAACAAAACCAUCAAAAUCCUCACACUUUGCAUCAUCACCAAAUGGUUUCCUAUGAUCAACCUCAUCAAUCAAUCAAACAAGGCUACCCGUAUCCAUCCAAAACCAACAACAACAAACCACAACAAAUCAACAUCAACCUCAGUGAUGAAGAUGAACCAUGUUUUGGAGCAGAUGAAACCUCUGUUGGUGACCCAAAAAGAAAAGGAUCACCAUGGCAUAGAAUGAAAUGGACAGAUACAAUGGUAAGACUCUUAAUAAUGGCUGUUUAUUACAUUGGUGAUGAAGCUGGUACUUCAGAAUUAAGUGCUGAUAAAAAGAAAGCUAAUGGUUUAUUACAAAAGAAAGGGAAAUGGAAAUCAGUUUCCAAAGGAAUGAUGGAAAAAGGGUACUAUGUUUCACCUCAACAAUGUGAAGACAAGUUCAAUGAUUUGAACAAAAGGUAUAAAAGAGUUAAUGAUAUUCUUGGUAAAGGAACAGCUUGUAGAGUUGUUGAAAAUCAAACUUUGUUGGAUACAAUGGAUUUGUCCGCAAAGUUGAAAGAAGAAGCUAGAAAACUUCUGAAUUCUAAGCAUCUUUUUUUUAGAGAAAUGUGUGCUUAUCAUAAUAGUUGUGGCCAUGGAAACAACAAUUUGCAACAACAAUCCUCAACUGAGGCUCAACCACAACAGCAUCAUCAUCCACAACAACAGCAACAACAGCAGCAGCAGCAGCAACAACAAUGUUUGCAUUCAUCAAAUGGGGUAGGGAGUUUAGGAAUGUUGAAACUGAAAGGUAGAAAUGGAGGAGGAGGAGAAGAGGAAGAGGAUGAAGACGAAGACGAUGAAUGGGAGGAUGAUUCUGAAGAGGAAGAAGAAGAGUCAGGAGAAGGUGGUGGUUAUGGUUCAAAGGGACAUGAAGAAGAUGAAAAUAUUGAUCACUUAAGGAAAAAAUCAAGAAAAGUUUCAUCAUUGCCAUCACAAGUGAUGCAACAGUUGAGUAGUGAAGUGAUGAGUGUGUUGCAAGAUGGAGUGAAGAGUUGUUGGGAGAAAAAGCAAUGGAUGAAGAAGAAGGUGGUGCAAUUAGGAGAAGAACAGGUAAACUAUCAUGUGGAAGCAUUUGAGAUUGAAAAACAAAGGUUGAAAUGGGUGAAAUUUAGUAGUAACAAAGAAAGGGAAAUGGAGAGACAAAAACUUGAAAAUGAAAGGAAGAGUUUGGAAAUUGAUAGAAUGGUUUUGUUGCUACGUCAAAAGGAGCUUGAAUUGCAGAACACUCAGCAGCUGCAGCAGCAACAACAUUCUUCUACUUGAGAGAAGAAAUUUGUUUGUAAAUUUUGUGGUUAGGUGAUGUUACAAAGAAGAGGUGCAUUGUGAAAAUGGUUAUUCAUUUUCUUGUGUUAUGAUCCUCUUAAGCAAAGUUUAAUUUUAAAAAGCAUUAACCAUGUAAUAAAUUACAGUUUUUUUCUGUCUUACAUA